UUAUUUUUGACGGCGGCGGAAGUACAGGUUCCGUUGCUCCGUUGCCCAGUUGCUAAGCUGCAGUCAAGGAGCAACCGGACUGUCAACAAGUUGUCGUGAGAGGCUGAGACGGAUUAUCAGCGGCCGGUUAAACGUUUAAAUGUUAACGUGUCCGUUCAGAUGGUGAACGGCUGCGGACAGACGGAGGUAAACUGACGGUGGAGUUGAGUCCACAGGUUAAAUGAGAAGCUCUGAUCCCGACUGAAUUCAUGAAUUAACCUCGGCGGUGUCCAGUAGUUCAUACGAAGCAGCAGUGUGACCAGUAUGGCUGCUGCCAGCACCACUAAGAUCUCAUGGCGACUGCAGGAGUUCGAGGCUCACUCCAGCAGUGUUUCCUGUUUGGCCCUGGGGAAAAGCUCCGGCCGCCUGCUGGCCACAGGAGGGGAGGACUGCAGGGUGAACAUCUGGGCUGUGAGCAAGGCCAACUGCAUCAUGAGUCUGACUGGUCACAAGAACCCAGUGGAGUGUGUCCAGUUCAACAUGUCAGAGGAACAGGUCGUUGCUGGAUCCCAGUCUGGAUCAAUACGAGUCUGGGACCUGGAGGCUGCCAAGAUCUUGAGGACUCUCAUGGGACACAAAGCCAACAUCACCAGUCUGGGCUUCCAUCCAUUUGGAGACUUCCUCGCCUCCAGCUCCAUGGACACAAACAUCAAGCUGUGGGACGUCCGGAGGAAAGGAUACGUGUUCAGGUAUAAGGGUCACACUCAGGCUGUGAGGAGUCUGGCCUUCAGUCCAGAUGGGAAGUGGCUGGCUUCAGCCAGUGACGACUGCACCGUCAAGCUGUGGGAUCUGACUCAGGGGAAGACGAUCACGGAGUUCAAAUCUCACACCGCAGCCGUCAACAUCGUUCAGUUCCACCCCAACGAGUACCUGCUGGCAUCAGGCAGCUCCGACAGAACCAUCAAACUGUGGGAUCUGGAGAAAUUUACAAUGAUCGGUUCGUUGGAGGGAGACACGACUCCUGUAAGGUGUAUAUUCUUCAGUCCGGACGGCAGCUGUCUGUACAGCGGUGCUACAGACUCUCUGCGGGUGUUUGGCUGGGAGCCCGACCGCUGCUUCGACAUGGUGCCAGUGGGCUGGGGGAAAGUCUCUGACCUGGCCGUCUGCAACCAGCAGCUGAUUGGCGUGUCUCACCAGCUCUCCAGCGUGUCGUCCUACGUCGUGGAUCUGAAGCGGGUGAAGAAGAGCGGCGGCGCUGUGAUCCAGGGAAUCAUCCAGGACAAUCAGCCGCUCACUGAGCCGAAAGAUCCCAAAGGAGCUGCGCUGCGAAGGAACUAUGAGAGACCAACGACCACCUGCAGCUCACAGAGGGUGAAGCAGAGGUCGGACGCUGAUAGGAGGAGCCCCGAAGGUGAGAGGCGGAGCCCCAGCGAGGACGAGGCGGAUGAGAAAGUGUCGUCAGCUGAGAUCCACAACGCUGAGGACUACAAGGAGAUUUUUCAGCCCAAGAACGCCAUCUCUCGUACUCCUCCCAGGAUGUCAGAGCCUUUCCCUGCUCCUCCUGAAGACGAGACCAUCUUAGCGAUUGGCCGUCAGCUGAAGGACAUGGUAUCUCCGUUUCCUGAUAAGCCGCAGGCUCCUCCGCUGGCUGCCUCUACUCCUGUCCAGAGGGUGGAGCCUACAGUCGUCUCCUGUGCAAAGCGCCCCGCCCCCUCAGAGGUGGGACCGUCGUCCUCCAACCCCCCCGCCUCCCGCCCCCCUCCUGCUCAGCCUCCCGUCACCACAGCCAAGUCUAAACCACAACCUAAAAUCAUCCUAAGCACCAGGAAUGAACCCAUCGGACUGAACGUGGCCGACUUCCUGCCUCCUUCGCCCAACAACAGACCUGGAGCUCUGAGCGAUGAGGAGGCUUUGUCUCAAAUCAAGAAGGGUCACGACACCAUGUGUGUGAUGCUGAGCAGCCGACACAAGAACCUGGAGACGGUCCGAGCCGUGUGGGCCAGAGAGGACAUCAAGAGCGCUCUGGACACGGCCGUCUCCAUGAAUGACCUGUCUAUUGUCGUGGACAUCCUCAACAUCAUCAACCUCCAACCGUCUCUAUGGAAACUGGAUCUUUGUACGACGAUUCUCCCUCAGAUUGACAAACUGCUGCAGAGUAAAUAUGAGAGCUACAUGCAGACCGGCUGUACGUCUCUGAAGCUCAUCAUGAAACAUUUCUGGAUAUUGAUCUCAGACACUCUGAAGGCAGCGCCGUCUGUCGGAGUCGACAUCACACGAGAGGAGAGACACCAGAAGUGCCGAGCGUGCUGUAAACAGCUGAAGAACCUGAGCAACAUCGUGAAGAACAAGGCGGCGCAGGUCGGUCGUCAUGGCAGCGCCUUCAAAGAGCUGCAGCUGCUCAUGGCUCCGCUCGACGACUCGCUCUGAGAACCAGAACCGGGACCAUACUGAAGGUUUCACACAGACCGGUCCGUCAGUGGAUCAGCUGAUCCGCAGCAGGAUGAAGGCGACAGGAUCGUCUGAGGCUCCUGUUCACAGAAACUUAUCCUGCAGAGGCUGCGGUCACACUGGGAGCGGGAAGAAAAAUAAAUGUGUUGAUACAAGUGUUAUUUAAACUUGUUAGUCUUCCUCAAUCUGACACUUCAUCCCUUCACCUUUCUCAGAAUCAGAGAAGAAGAGACAUGAGCUGGACAAUCAGACUGUGAGACGACAGAUAGGUCGGACUCUGCUGUGGUUUACAUCAGAACCACAUGACUCUUUACACACUUUGCCAAGAUAAAUGUCAUUAUGAGACGACAGCGGCCUGUUCCCUCAGAGAAAAAUCGGACUCAAGGUCUUCACACACUGGGGACGUUUUUUUGUUUGUUUUGUGCGAUUAAUUCACAUGUAUUCAAAUUGGUGUUUUUGUCACAAGUAUUCUGACACAACACGAAUACUAUGUGGUGAAAAUCCAACAUUACUCUUGGAAAGAGGUCAAUUUCACACCGAGAAUAAAAUCAUCAACCAAUCACAGACUGCCAGAGGCUCUGGGUCAAAGGAUCCUGGUAGUUGGUCUCUGCCUCCUCAGAUGUGGUGUUAGACUCUUGAGCAGAACCUAUGUAUAUUCACAAAAGUAUUUUGCAUUUUCAUGUUAUUUAUUCACUGUAAGUCCUCACUCAGAAAACUUGACCUCUCUCUGAAAAUAGAAGUUAUUCUUUCACUAUGUAAUAGUGUACCAAUGUAAGUACUGAUGACGAAAACCACAAUUUAAAACACUGAUGUGUGAAUUAAUCGCAUGAUUGAAAUCCCCCCCAGUGUGUGAAGAGCUCUAGAGACAUGUUUUCAUCUGUUAGUCAGCUGACAGAAUGAAAACUGAUCCGACUCUGAGUAAAGUGACCAAACACAAAAUGUUAUGCAGCAUUAGCCACACUACGCUCAAAUUAAAGGAGUUCUAUACUGUGGGAAAUUUUCGAUGCCUCUCAUCACCACUGUCAUGUCUGCAGGAGACAGAAUGUGGUUAGCUUAGCUUAGCAUAAAGACUGGAAACAGGAGCUGGCUGAACCACCUGUCACCACACCUGUAUGCUACCUGUUUCCAGUCUUUAAGCUAAGCUAAUUGGCUGUAGCCUCAUAUUUUGCGUGCAGACAUGAGAGUGGGAUUAAUCCUCAUCAUCAUCUGACACUGCAAGAAACAAAUAAGCACAUUUCCCAAAAUUCGGAGCUGUUUCUUUAAUGUCGCUGCUCUCCUCAGACAGCUGCAGGUUUUAACUCUAAUGUGGAGGGAAGAGGGGGCGGCCUGGUUCUGUGCCUGAGCUUGGCUGAAACAGAGGGUCUCAGGUUGUCGGUGAUGACCUCUGACCUCUGACUGACAUCUCUAAUCGUUCAUAAUGAACAAAUGUUUCAGUCAGAAAAAUAAAAAUGCAAACACUUAGUUCACAUGUUGUGAUCAACACGUUUAGUCCUUCAUAGACUGAUGAUGUUCCAAUAUUUUCACUUUGUCUUUUUCUACUUUUCAGACUCUUAGAUUCACUAUUUUAAGUGUACAGUUCCUACUCCUUAUUUAAAUAAAGUUGUACAUGUUGGGAUUGAAA